AUGACGGACCGCAAGCGUAAGAUCGACUUGGGCGACGGAGGAGACCCCAAGAACUCCAGGCCGAGGGACGUGGGAACGGCGGCUAACCCGGGGGUGAACCCUCUGACGGGCCGCCAGUUCUCGCAGAACUACUACAAGAUCUUGGAGAAGCGUCUUAACCUUCCUGUGUAUGAGUUCAAGGAGAGUUUCAUCCAGACUGUACGCGAGAACCAGAUUGUAGUGCUGGUUGGAGAGACUGGGAGUGGCAAAACAACGCAGAUCACGCAGUUCCUUGUAGAUGGUGGCUACUGCCAGAGAGGGGCAGACGGCAAGGUCAGGGGCAUUGCAUGCACACAGCCUCGAAGGGUCGCUGCAAUGAGUGUUGCCCGGCGUGUUGCUGAGGAGAUGGAUGUUGAGCUCGGGCAGCAAGUCGGUUACACCAUCCGUUUCGAGGAUUUGACAGGACCGAACACGAUCCUCAGGUACAUGACAGAC